CAUGCGAACACGAGCUGAAUUCAUGUCAAGCUCUUGCUGGAGUCACUGCCUUGAUGUCUUAACACACCUGCUGGAAUGUUUGGAUUCUUUUAGGAAGCAAACGAAUUAGUCCUGAAACUGUUCAGUUUCUUUAUCCUUGGGGUUGAAAAGAGCUUUUUUUCGGGGAAUGAGUGAGUAGCUAAGUUUUUGGAUCGGUGUCCAGAUCAACCGUGCGCGUCGUCUUGACGCAUUUACUGGACAACGGUCGUGUCAGCGCGUCUUCCGGUGAAUCACUCCCGCUUCCCGGGUGGACAACGAGCCCGAUCAUGCUGCAGGAUUGCAAUGGGAAGGAAAACCCGCUACGAGCGCCGAUCGCCGAAGCCGAACACUCGCCGACCGAGGACGCUACACUACAGCCACCGCCGCCCCGGCCUCCUCAAGCAGCCGCUGCCUCGGCCACCGAACAGACGCAUUUUCCUUUGCCCGGAAAUACCAAACUGGACAUCAAAAGACACGCAGUGACGCAAGAUUAUAAAAUAUCCAGUCAGGUACUGGGUUUGGGGAUCAAUGGCAAAGUUCUACAGUGUUUCAACAAGAAGACUGGACAGAAGUGUGCGCUCAAGAUCCUCUAUGACAGCCCCAAGGCAAGGCGGGAGGUGGAGCUUCAUUGGACAGUGUCUGGAGGACCGCAUAUUGUUGGAAUCCUGAGCCUGUAUGAAAACAUGUAUCAUGGGAAGAAGUGCCUCCUUAUCAUCAUGGAGUGUAUGGAGGGGGGAGAACUGUUCAGCCGCAUCCAAGCCAGAGGAGACCAGGCUUUUACAGAGAAAGAGGCGUCUGGGAUUAUGAGGGACAUUGGAACGGCCAUUGAGUUUCUGCAUAGUAUUAACAUAGCACACAGAGAUAUCAAGCCUGAGAAUCUACUGUACACCUCAAAGCACAGUAAUGGGGUUCUGAAACUAACGGACUUUGGCUUUGCAAAAGAGACCACACAACACAACCCACUUCAGACCCCCUGCUACACACCAUACUAUGUGGCACCGGAGGUUUUAGGUCCUGAGAAAUAUGACAAGUCAUGUGACAUGUGGUCCUUAGGUGUCAUCAUGUACAUCCUGUUGUGCGGGUUCCCUCCCUUUUAUUCCAACACGGGUCAAGCCAUUUCACCAGGGAUGAAGAGGAGAAUCAGGAUGGGUCAGUAUGAAUUCCCCAACCCAGAGUGGGCUGAUGUUUCACAGGAAGGGAAAAGUUUGAUUCACCAGUUGCUGAAGACAGACCCCAAUGAAAGAAUGACGAUCAGUCAGUUUAUGAACCACCCCUGGAUCAGUCAAUCCAUGGUAGUCCCCUCUACUCCGCUACACACUACUCGAGUGUUGACUGAGGACAGGGAGAUGUGGGAAGACGUGAAGGAGGAGAUGACCAGCGCUUUGGCAACCAUGCGUGUCGACUAUGACCAGGUGAAAAUUAAGGACCUGGACACGUCCAGCAACCCCCUCCUCAACAAGAGACGCAAGAAAGCUGCUGCAGGAGCCAAGGGAAACUCCACAGUCUGCCAAAGUCAGUGAGAGUGAAGGCUCACUCUCACAAUGAAGGGCAAAGACUGAUUUGGCACUCUUUUAAUAUACGUAUAUGAAGAUAUUUUGAUAAAAGACAACACGAGAUUAUGAACACAGUAGGACAUAAAGUCUUGACUGUAACUUUUUUCUGCCAAAGUGUUUGUUAAGUGUUUUAUGAAAUUUUAAGAAUCUGUGCCUUUGUUUGAUUGUCAUUUCAAAAUAUGACUACUCUGUUUCAUGUU